AUGUGCGGUUUCGUGCAAGGCAAUGAUGACGAGUUUGACUGGAGUCGACGCAAGGAAAGCACACCUUCCGACCUUACAGGACCUUCCUUUAAUCACACCACUGGAAACUUGACCGGUGAGCUCUUAACUAAUUCAUCAGUACAUCUAGCCAGUCCUACUAUUAGCAACGAGAACUGUAAUAACGUAUAACAAAUUUAACAGUCAGUUGGUCGGAAUUUCUACUUCAUUUUUAGCAUGAAAUCAUCGCUAGUUUUAGUCUUGCAAAUUUAAUUACAUGUCACUCUUUUCUACCCUUUUUUUGUUAUUGUUGCUGUUGUUUUCUUAUAUUAAACUGCUCGUUUUUGUUUCAUUUUUUGUUGCUUGUACGUUGCACAGGUGUAUUAAAUGUAGGCGUGGGUAUCUAAUUUCGACUGCCUCUUCGAAUCCGUGCAACUACAAGGUUGCAGUUACUCUUUACAUCCUGAGCUUUGUUGUCAUUUGCCCUCUUAUUCUACCAUGAAUAAUACGUCUGCCUUCAAACAAAAAAAUAAAACGAAUAAAAGGAAACUUAGGAACUUACUAAUAGGUACUUCAGAUGAUCAUUCUACGUCAUUUAAGCUGAACUAACGUUGUUAGAAUACUGUUUUAAGUCAACUGGAUACUUUUUCAGUGCCUUCUGGUCAAUUUUUUUUCUCGUUGCCUUCCUUACAUCUUUUCUUCCUUGAAGGUUAUUAUUACAUGUGCAUUUUUUAGAAAUAUUUAGUCCACAGGAGAGCUGGAUGAUAUGACAAAAUCGGGUCGUCCUCUACCGAAAAAGACUAAGUUGCUACUCUCUAACCAUCUUCAUCCCUAUAAGGUUAUUACAUGUAUAUAGAAGCAUCCAAUCCAAGACGACCAGGUGAUAACGCAAAAUUGUACAGUCCUCAACUGGAAUUUUUUGGGAAUAUGUGCCUUCAGUUCUAUUACCAUAUGUCUGGUGCCACUACUGAAAGCCUGACUGUCACCGUAAGUGGCAACUUAGUGUUCUUUGCACGUGGCGAUAAAGGAGACAUGUGGCGUAAAGCCAGCGUAAAUGUAUCAGCUAUCGAGGGAUUGCAUAGGGUAAGCCAUGCGUUAUUUUUGUGUCUCUUCUAACAACAACAUUAACAACAACCGAAUCUUUAUUCUUAUCAGCUCAUUGCUUAACAAUAAAUUAGGAUGAUGAAAAUAUUGAAAGUAAAAUUAGAAUUUAAACUUUAAUGACCCCAUCAAUGGUGGUAAAACGCUGUUCUCUAAGAGCGGUAAUUGGGGAAGCCAACCGGGUUGGGAGCCAUAAGCCACCAAUAGCUCACUUUUUUUGUUAAUUUAAUUGCCAUUAAAGUACAGCUGCGGGUCCGGGAAUUUUUUAAUAAAGGGUUCCGAACUUGUGCUCAACGUUGAAAGUAUGUUACAACUCUUUACAACUGAUAGUUUUCACCAAUCCUGGCCAUCAUUUGCUGUUAUUUAGUUAAAUUUAUAUAAACUACUUAGAUUGCUAUCGGUGAUCCUUAAGUGGUAGUAAUUUCAGUUUUACUGAAAGCACCUUCAAUAACAAGACUUUUCUGGUCUGAAGGGUGCGCAGGCUAGGUCCACCAUCCAGAAGACGUCUUUCGGUUCUCGGGUCUAUGUUCUCCGAAUCUUACUUUAGCCAUAACUUUCUGUACUUCGGUCUGUAAUGAAAAACUGAAAAAGUCGACAAGACUGCAUCCGUUAUAAUACUUCAUCUUUACCAUUAAUUAUAAAUUAAGCGCACAUGAAAUAUAAGUGAUGUACCAUUUGGCAACAUUAUUUAGUCAUAGCAAGAUUAUUCUUUCUUACUCAUAGUGGUGCAAGUAAGUCCGUAAAUGUAGUGCAAAAUAUGAUGCGCUUGGUGUUUCCAAGAGGAUCUGUUUUGCUAUUAGCCGACAUUUCCUUAUAUCUAUUGUUAAGUUUGUAGUUUCUUGACAAAUUCAAAGAUAAUUUUUCACUAAUUUCAAGACAUUAAUAACAACAGCGACUCUUCCGGACUGAUUGCACCUUUGACAGGUAACAUUUGAAGGCGUAGUGGGAAGCAGUUUCACUGGUGACAUAGCAAUUGACGACUUCUCCUUGACAGCAGGGUCAUGUCCUUAUGGUAAGUUUUUUGACUAA